UACAGGUUGGCUCCUGAAUCUUCAUCUAAUCUUUCCCACCAAUCCAUCUUUUUCAAAUCCUUAAAAACCCUAAAUCUACUUUCCAUUCAUGUCUCCUCUGUGAUAACUAAACUUCCCAAACACCCUUCUUUUCCCCCAAGAAGAUGAAAAUGGCAAGAAACAGAGCGCUGCUACUCCCAAUCUUGCAGAAGGUCUCAACUGCUCUCACCACCAAAAUAAGAAGAAAACCCAUCAUCCUAAAACUCUCAUUCCUCAAGAAAUCCUCGAGAAAGCUCAAGAGAUUUCAGCUAUUCAACAAUGGCUUCCUUCGUGACUACCAGUUAUCUCCUCUCAUUCACAAAACCCAGUUGCAGAACAGAGGAGGAAGACGAGGAAGAGCGAGAAGAAGGACGGUUGGAGAGGCUUACUCGGCGUUGUUUCUUUGUAGGUGUUUGGGCGGAAUAAGGAGAGGUAAAGGGGAUGAGAGAUCGGAUCGGGUGGUGCAGAGUCUGCCGGGCACCGUUGAAGGUGGUGUAAGUUCAGGGGAGUGUUUGGAACCGUUGGAUUAUUUUGAUGAAGAUGAAGAUAAUGAUGAUGAUGGAUCGAUUGAUGAAAGAGCUGAGAAGUUCAUCGAGUGGUUUUACGAAGAGAUGAGGCUGCAAAGGCAGGAAUCUAUUUAG